AUGACAGAACUCGAAGCCCCAGGCCUAAGUACUCACAGGGUCCUAGUGUCUCUCAAAGAGGCUGCUCGCAUCAUAGGCGCACAGGGAGUAAGUAUUCAAAAUAUCCGGGAGUCGAACAAAGUAAAGAUCGGAAUUUCGCCUCAUGAAAGGGGAUGUUCAGACCGCAUUCUUAGUUGCACGGGUUCCACACAGGCUGUGGCCAAUGCAAUUGGAGAUGUGGUAGAAAUAUUGAAUCAAGAUGAUAGUGAGCCAGAGGUGCACACGUACAAGCCUUUGAACUUCAUUCUUCCUCUUCCUACGUCGUCAGAGAUCCAGGACCCAGAUUCCAUCAAAAGGAUCGGUAAUAUCAGAUUGAUUGUAUCGAAUUCACAAGUUUCCUCUAUAAUUGGCACACAGGGCUCGCGUAUCAAGUCGUUGAUAGAGACCCAUGGAGUCAAGGUGGUGGCAUCCAAGAAUUUUCUACCCGAUUCCCAGGACAGGGUGGUGGAGAUUCAGGGCUUUCCGGGUUCAAUUACCUCGUGUCUCGUGGAUAUCAGUGAAAUUCUCUCUCAGGAAACGAAGCCAGCUCAUGAGAAACAGUACUACCCGCACACCAAGAGCCAAGAAGAAGGCUCAGUUAGCAAAGAAGUAACUAUCCCCGUCGAGUUCGUAGGAGCUCUUCUGGGCCGUGGUGGCAACCGAGUAUCCAGUCUACGCAAAUAUACAAAGACCAAAGUCAUUGUAAGCGACGAGCCCAAUGAGGACAAUAAUCGUGUCUUUACUAUUACGGGCAACAAUCAAAAUAGCGUGAAAUUGGCCGAAACAAUGCUGCUCAAAAAUCUCGAAACUGAAAAGCAGAGACGGGAGGAGAAGAGUUGA